GGUGGAUUUCAAUGUACCUUUGAAGGAUGGCAAAAUCACUAAUAACCAGAGAAUCGUUGCAGCUCUUGACUCUGUCAAAUAUGCCCUGGAUAAACAAGUCAAAAGUGUUGUGCUCAUGAGUCACUUAGGUCGCCCAGAUGGAAGUCCGAAUGCUAAAUACUCCUUAAAACCUGUCGCUGAUGAGUUAAAGACAUUGCUGAACAAGGACAUCCUCUUCCUCAAUGACUGUGUUGGACCUGAAGUAGAAAAAGCUUGUGCUGAUCCACCCUGUGGUUCUGUUAUUUUGUUGGAGAAUCUUCGGUUCCAUGUGGAAGAAGAGGGCAAAGGA